UGUUGUGGAGAUGGCACUGCAGCUGUUGGGUGCGCUGAUGGGCGCGAUGUUCUCGGCGGGAGGUGCCCUCGCGCUUGGGAUGGUCGCCCUGUUGUACUACUACUACGUGGUGCGGGGGGCGCGGUACUUCGCCGAGCGGGGCGUGCCGUAUCAGCCGCCGACGCCGCUCCUCGGCAACGGGGCCGACUUCCUGCUGCGCCGGCGCACGAUGAUAGAGGUCCUGUCGGAGCUGUACGGGCGGUUCGCGCGCCACCGGUUCUUCGGCUACUUCGACUUCCUCUCGCCGAUCUACGUGCUGCGCGACCUGGAGCUGGUGAAGCAGGUGUGCAUCAAGGACUUCGACCACUUCCUCAACCACCGGAUCGAUCUGGACGAGAACCACGAUCCGCUGUUCGGGCGGGCGCUGUUCGCGAUGCGCGACAGCCGCUGGCGGAACAUGCGCACCGUGCUCAGCCCGGCGUUCACCGGCAGCAAGAUGCGGCUCAUGUUCGGCCUGAUCACGACCUACUGCGAGACGGCGGUGCGGACGAUCCGGUCGGAGACGCAGGGCGGGCGGGCCGACCUCGAGAUGAAGGAGCUGUUCCGGCGCUUCGGCAACGACAUCGUGGCGACGUGCGCGUUCGGCAUCGAGAUCAACUCGUUCGCCGAUCGCACCAACGCGUUCUACACGCUCGGCAAGGAGCUGACCAACCUGGAGGGCCUGCAGGGGCUCAAGUUUCUCGCCUUCUCCUCCUUUCCGCGCCUGAUGCGCCUGCUGCGGCUGAAGCUGUUCAGCGACCGGAUGACCACCUUCUUCCGGCACGUGGUGAUGGACACGAUCGCGCAGCGGGAACGUCGGAACGUCGUGCGCCACGACAUGAUCAACCUGCUGAUGGAGGCGCGCAAGCAGGAGCUCAAGUUCGACGAGAACGACAACGUCACCGUCAACGGGGGUCAGAAGCGUCUCAUGGACUGGACCGAUGACGAUCUGACCGCCCAGUGCACGGUGUUCUUCUUCGGCGGGUACGACACCGUCUCCACGCUGUCCUCCUUCAUGGCCCACGAGCUGGCGGUCAACCCGGACGUGCAGCAGCGGCUGCGGGAGGAGUGCGACGCGGUGCGGGCCAGCCUGGGCGACGGCGAGAAGCUCUCCUACGAGACGCUGCAGUCGAUGAAGUACCUCGACAUGGUGGCGACGGAAACGAUGCGCCUCUGGACGCCCGCCCCCUUCCUCGAUCGGAUCUGCACGAAGCCGUACGUGCUGGAGGACUACGACGGGCACAAGGUGCAGCUGCACAAGGGCGACGGUGUGUGGGUGCCGGCGGCCGCCAUCAUGCGCGACCCGGAGCUCUUCCCCGACCCGGACCGCUUCUGGCCGGAUCGGUUCGCGCCGGAGCACCGGGGCAACAUGGACACCAACGCCCUGCUCGGGUUCGGUCUCGGGCCGAGGAACUGCAUCGGCUCGCGCUUCGCCCUGAUGGAGGCGAAGGCCAUUUUCUACUACCUGCUGACGAACUUCUACCUGGAGAAGGGACCCGACACGCAGCACCCGAUCCGCAUGAAGCUGGCCAGCAUCGCGCCGUCCGCCGAAAAGGGCUUCUGGAUACGGUUCCGCGUCCGCGAACCCUGAGUCCCGGGACCAGGCCACCGAUCAACCACUCUAUCCGACUAAUCAAUCGAUCAACUUCAACCCGCACGCACCGCAGCAGUUGGUUCACGGGCAUGUGUUGCAAAACAAUAACAUGAAUAAACAUGAAUUAGAUAAACGCCUACCGCAGCUCCUACUUUGCCAGCGAAAUCAGCUUAAGCAACUGCAACGCAACCAGAUCAAACAGCAUAAGGCUCAAUUUAUCUGCCUCGAUUAAAUGCGCCGCUUCAAAACGCAGCCGUCAAAUUCAAAAGAGCGGUGUAUAGCAUGUUGCAUAAGCUGCAGGCGUUCGCACGUCGCGAACAAGGAAGCGGAAAGCUCCGAAAGCACCGGACAAGUCUGGUUUUCCUCGUGCAUCUCCAACUGCAUCGAAUAUUUUGUUUGUAUCGGUUCAGUUUUAUUUACAACUCGGUCAAAAUACACAUCGAAAAAAAGGAACACAACUUUACAACACAACGGUAUACUGAAAAUUAACUGAUUAAAAUUCAUACGCGAAAGUAUUCAAUAUAUGUACAUGUAUUUGGUAUGCUUAUAUUUACAUACCUCCGGUGUCGUCUUGGAGCACACCAGCAGCUCCUUAAAGAAAAAAAGUGAAAGACAUAAGAAAAUUAGACACAGGCUUUAAUAUCGCUUGAGGAAAAUUAUGAUCUAAUAAACUAUCUCCUUUAGGUUUAAAUUCGCCUAAAGGUAA